AUGCCACGCGCCCGUGAGGAUGGCGUUCAAGCAAAGCGCCUUAGGGCUCAGGCCGAGAAAGACAAGCAAGAUGCCCUGAAAGCACUGGAUGCUAAGGAGAGAAGAUUACAGCAAGAGCGCCUAAUUUCAGAUGAAGCUAAAAAGGAGGCCAAGAAGAAGCUAGAAUCUGAGAGGGACCGCGCAACAAACCAAUAUUACGAGGUGACCCCCGGCAACGACCAAGUUGCCAGUAGGCCGACAUCCAAUGGCAAGGGCGCGCCUACUAACAGUGUUUCUCGGGAGAGUGCUCGGGCUUUGGCGGCCGCUCCUAAAAGCAAGGGAAGUGCGGUAGGGAAGGAGUCUCCUCCGCCCGAGGAUGAGACUCAUUAUCCGGGUUUUGAUAGAGGGGACGAGAAUGAACCCCAUGAUUUGGACGAACGCGCCAUUCCUUUCGCUAGGCGUGAAGAAGAUGAUGAGGACCGCGGCUCUAGCAGUGAAAGUGACAACCCGCGGGAUGGUGGCCGGGCCGCAGGAGGCCGGGCACUGGUGGUCGCUGCGGAUGUGGACGAGCGCUUUGUCAUGCCCCCCGGCAGGGCCGCCGAAACGAUUGACGAGCAGACGGCGGAGAUGAAGGCCAGGGGGGAGGAGCUUCUGAAAGACGGGAAAUGGCACACCGACAGAGCGGGAAACCCCUUCUCGUCCGACACCUUCACCGUCAUCUGCAACAACGUGUGGAGAACGGAGGGUUGCCUCAUCACGGCCAAGCAGUUGGUGUGGACUUGCGUCGUGGUGGACAAGAUGCUGCAGGACAAGAAGUUGAGCAUUGACAGAGACGGCAAUGCCAGGAUCCUCGACACCGUCGGAGUCGAGGUAGGAAAGAUCAUUGCGGUGGCCGCGAAGAAGGCAAAGAAGAAAUUGGGAGUCGACAUCAGGAAGAUAGACACUAGGAUUAACCUAGCGACCGCCACCAUGGCAUACAUCAAGACAUGCUAG